CCAUAUACAUACGGUUACUUUCGCGUCAAAAAUUCCGUAUUCGUAGCCCCUGUCCACUUUUUCCUUCUCUCUCUCUCGUGCCCUAAAAACAGACAGAAUGGAAGACAACGAGACCGUAAUCCAACAAACGAAUCGGGAAGAUUUCGGAAAGUCGGAGUACGGCUGCGAGCAUUAUAAGAGACGAUGCAAACUUCGCGCCCCUUGCUGCGGUCAGAUCUUCUCUUGCCGCCACUGUCACAACGCCGCCACGAGCGCUUUGAGCAAUCCCAAGGAUCAUCAUGAACUCGUUCGGCGGGAUGUUUCGCAAGUCAUCUGUGCAGUCUGCGAUACCGAGCAACAGGUUGCUCAUGUGUGCUCAAGAUGUGGCGUCAAAAUGGGAGCAUAUUUCUGUGAAAUUUGCAGAUUCUACGAUGAUGAUACCACGAAGGAACAGUUCCAUUGUGAUGAUUGUGGUAUUUGUAGAGUUGGUGGUCGGGAGAAAUUCUUUCACUGCAAGAAGUGUGCAUCUUGCUAUUCAGUGGAUCUGCAUGAUAAUCACUUGUGCGUUGAGAACUCCAUGAAGAAUCAUUGCCCCAUCUGUUAUGAGUAUCUAUUUGAUUCGGUCCAAAGCACAGCAAUAAUGAGGUGUGGACACACAAUGCAUAAGAAUUGCUUUGAUGAUAUGCUUUGCCAGAAUCAGUAUCGUUGUCCUAUCUGCUCGAAGUCAGUGUGUAACAUGUCAAGAGCCUGGGAAAGAUUAGAUGAGGAGAUAAAAGGUACUGCGAUGCCUGAGGAAUACCAUUAUGAGGUUCAAAUCCUCUGCAACGAUUGUAACAGUCGGAGUGAAGCGUUCUUUCACAUCUUUGGGCACAAGUGCAGGCACUGUAAUUCAUAUAACACCAGGGUGAUUAAGGGCAGAUCCAGCUGACCAAAAUUGUUGAUCUACGGCGCACAUUUGAUAUUCCUAAUUGGUUUUGCUUCCAUAUUUUUGACCCUAUUAAGCAGGUCAUUUCUUGUUGGCUGUUGUACAACACACAAGUUGUAACAUCAUUCUCCUCUGAUUAGCCCAGCUUGGCUACUGUUAGGAAAGGACCAAUUUCUUGUGCUUGGUUAGGUGAUCUUUCAAGGCAAAGAAGUGUUAUAGUAUCUUUCAAGGUUGAAUUGAUAUUUCUUUUAUGUUUCGACAAUAGGCUGAAUGCAUGAGUUUACACGUCUUUUGCAUCUGUAAA